AUGCCCAUGUUGAGCAUACACCCCCUGAAACCUGAGGCCCUGCACCUGCCACCUGGGACCUCAGAGUUCCUAGGCUGCCAGCGGCGUCACACACUUCCUGCCAGCGAGUUCCGGUGCCUUACCCCGGAGGAUGCUAUCAGUGCAUUUGAGAUUGAGCGUGAAGCCUUCAUCUCUGUCUCCGGUACCUGCCCCCUCUACUUGGAUGAGAUCCGACACUUCCUGACCCUCUGUCCAGAGCUGUCAUUGGGCUGGUUUGAGGAGGGUUGCCUUGUGGCCUUCAUCAUCGGCUCCCUUUGGGACAAGGAGAGACUUACUCAGGAGUCACUGACACUGCACAGGCCUGGAGGUCGCACAGCGCACCUGCACGUCCUGGCAGUGCAUCGCACCUUCCGGCAGCAGGGCAAGGGCUCUGUCCUGCUGUGGCGAUACCUGCACCACCUGGGGAGCCAGCCAGCUGUGCAUCGAGCUGUGCUCAUGUGCGAGGACACACUGGUGCCCUUCUAUGAGAAAUUUGGUUUCCAGGCUGUGGGCCCGUGUGCCAUCACCGUGGGCUCCCUCACUUUCACGGAGCUACAGUGUUCCCUACGGUGCCAUGCCUUCCUACGCAGGAACAGCGGCUGCUGA